AUCAAAUAACAUAGCAUUUGGAAACAUGAAAUAAACCAGCUUGUAUUGUUAUAAUGACUUCGUAUCAAACAUUUCGAUCCUGAAUAUGAAACAGGAAUCUUCUGAAAAAUGCUUCCAGUUAUAUGUAGUUUAAAGUAUACACAUGAGAUUUCUUUCUACAAAUAUGUUAUUUUGAAAAUCUUUUAAAGCUGAAUAUACUCUUCAUAUUUUUAAUAUGCGAUUCAAGACUUACCUGGGAAAAGAACCUCGUCAUACUGACAUUGUGAGUUGCAUUGCAUGGAAUACAACUGAUGAAGUUUUCUCCUGUGCUGAUGAUCAUGAAGUCCUUAUCUGGAAUCUUGCAACAAAUGAAACAACUAAACUGUUAACUUUGCCAAAUGAUCUUUUCCCCACUGAUAUGCACAUUUUCCCCCGGACUUCAAUUACUGGUGGCAUCAAAAAGCAACUUGGAGGCGAUAUAUUUAUUAUUACUACAACUGAUGGAAAAUUUCACAUAAUAAAUAGAACUGGCAGGAUUGAGAAAAGUAUUGAUGCUCACAGAGGUGCAGUUCUUUCUGGUCGUUGGAGUCAUGAUGGAACAGCUUUUGUCACAGCUGGAGAAGAUGGUCAAAUAAAAAUUUGGUCUCGAAGUGGUAUGCUUAGAUCAACAUUGGCAUCAAAUAGUUUCCCUGUGUAUUCCUUAGCAUGGGGACCCAAUUCUGAUCAAAUUUUACAUACCCUAAGUCGAAUGCUUGUGAUCAAACCUUUACAACCUAAUUCAAAACCACUGCAGUGGAAAGCUCAUGAUGGUCUUAUUUUAAAAGUUGCUUGGAAUCCUAGUAAUAAUUUAAUUGUAUCUGGUGGAGAAGAUUGUAAGUACAAGGUUUGGGAUUCAUAUGGUAGAAUUUUGUACAGUAGUCAUGCUAAUGAUUAUCCAAUAACAUCUGUUUCUUGGUCACCAAAUGGCGAAGUGUUUUGUGUUGGGUCAUUCAAUUCUUUACGUCUAUGUGAUCGAACUGGGUGGUCUCAUAGCCUGGAUAAACCUGAAACACAAAGCCUUUUUUGUUUAGAAUGGUCAUCUGAUGGUACGCAAGUAGCAGGAGGUUGUGGAAAUGGGCAUGUUAUUUUUGCCCAUGUAGUUGAAAGGCGAUUAGAAUGGAAGCAUUUUGAAGCUACAGUGAGGGGAAGAAAAACCAUUACUGUACAAAAUGUUUGUUCUGACUUAAUGGAAAAUUUGGAUUUUCGAGACAAUAUAAUUAAAGUUUCAUUUGAACACAAUCAUCUGAUUGUAGUAACAUCAACACAAUGUUAUAUAUACAGUACUAAAAACUGGAACACUCCACUUAUAUUUGACUUAAAGGAAGGAAAUGUUUCUCUGGUUGUUCAAGCUGAAAAACAUUUUUUAUUUGUUGAUGGACAAGGGCUUUAUAUAUACAAUUAUGAUGGAAAGCCUGUAAGUGCCCCAAAAUGGCCUGGAAUGAGAACUGAUUAUUUAAAUGAAAAUACUGUUACUCUAAGCAAUGAUACUGUAGCUGUAAGAAACAAAGGAGAUGAAAAAGUUAUUCACAUUUUUGAUGCUGUCACUGGCAAAUAUGUUUCUGAUGGAAAGCCUUUCAUUCAUAAAAUGGAAGUUUUGGAAGUGGCUCUGGAUCAGUGUGGCUCUGCAAGUAAUCGUCGCCUAGUUUUUGUUGAUAAAAAUAGGGAUUUACACAUAUUACAUGUCAGAACUUUACCAAAUACUUCAAAGAAAAUCAUGAAGCUAAGUGCCAUGAUGCAUUCAAUAAAAUGGAAUGAUAACUCAAACAUGUUAUCAGCACUUCAAGAUGGAAAACUUGUGAUUUUUUACUACCCUGCUGUGGUAUUUUAUGAUAAAAAUUUACUCCCCAUGACAAUUAUGCAGAAAGAUGACAGUGAUUUUGGAAAAAAUCCACAAAUCAUCAGUUUUGUUGGAAAUCAUGUCAGUAUCCGCAGAGCAGAUGGCUCUUUAGUGUCUUCAGCUGUAUCGCCUUACCCGUCUGUUCUUCAUGGAUAUGUAUCUUCGCAUAGAUGGGAUGAUGCCGUUAGACUUUGUAGAUACAUUAAAGAUGAAGCAUUGUGGGCUUGCUUAGCAGGCAUGUCUAUUGCCCUGAAAGAUCUGAAAACAGCUGAAAUAGCUUAUGCUGCUAUCAAAGAAUCUGACAAGGUGGAAUGUAUUCAAUACAUCAAAAAAUUGCCUUUGAAAGAUCUUCAAACCUCAGAAAUGGCUUUACUUUGUGGAAAUACAAAAGAAGCGGAAUCUGUGUUAUUAGCUGGGGGUUUGACUUUCAGGGCUAUUAUGCUGAAUUUGCGGUUGUAUAAAUGGGACAGGGCAUUAGAACUAGCAACUAAAAGUGGAAAUCAUGUUGAUACAGUUUUGGCUUUCAGACAAAAAUAUCUGGACACACUCGAUAUCACAGAAGACAAGCCAAACUUUAUUCAGUUAAUGAAAGAAAAUGAAAUAAACUGGAACUCAGUGAAUGAAAAAAUAGAAGAAGAAUACCAGAAGGAAAAAACUAUGGCACCAACUGUAAAUGCAUCACGAAGAACUUCUUUGAACAUUUAAAUAAACACUGUGGAUCAAUAUCUAGUCAUAUUCAUUCAAGACUUCAUCCUUGGAUUUGAAAUUGAACUUAUAAACUUUGUUUUUAAUUUCAUGAAAAUCCUCGACAAAACAAGCAAUGUUCUGGAUGUUGCAACAGUACUUCAUAAGUGCACUUACUAAUUAUUACAUAUUGUAUAAAGAAAACUUAUUUUUCCUUCUAGUCUGAAUAAAACUUAA